AACUGUCAAAAUUAUUUGCAAUCAAGCAAGCUUUAUAUGUUACUUUUCUGUGAAAAUAGUCAAUUUGUAUCUUUUAAAUGGUAAAAUAAAACAUAAUUUAUAAUUGAAAAUGAAGUGACAAUUGUAUUAUAUCAAUAAUGGUGUUUUUUCGCGAAGACAAAAUUAUAUAGCGAGGUGGCGGGUUGUGAGCACGGAUCGGGAGGCGCGGGCGCUGGGUCCGGAGGGCGGCCUGGCGACACCAUACGGCGCGUGAAGGUAAAAAUGUCGUCAGUUUCGGCUCAAGGGGUGGUGGAGAGAGCGUCGGCCGAACUAUCACGACGUAUAACAGGAUUAGGUUUACGCGGACGAAAGCGAUCGCCUGGCGUAGUAGAACGCGUGGCCAAUGCACUCUGUGGACCCGCUGCGACCGCAGCCCCCCGCGUGCCCCGACGACGCCGCCCCUCGCCACGCCCGCUAGUAUGGUCUCAGUUCAUAUUAGAAGAACGCUUUCUUGAAAAGUUCUUUCUGUAUUUCAACGCAAACGAUAGACGCAGCCUCGCACAGGUGUGUACAAAAUGGCGGGACUUGUUAUAUUCAUCGCCGCGCUGGUGGACGGGACUGGUAGCGUCUAUAGACUGUCGCGAGCUACGUUCCACCACCGGCUGUUGCACGCAGCGGUUCUACAACUCACUAGUGCGCCGCGGCAUACGCGGUGUCGUCCUCGUCUCCGCCACAGAUGAUGACAUCAACGAAUUUAUAAGGCAAUUCCCGCUGUCUGCGCACCAUGUGCACGCAAUUAGCUUGAAAGGUUGCACUAUUACAGACAGGGGGCUUGAAUCUAUAUUGGAUCAUUUACAGGUCGGUGCUGUUGCUCAACUACUUCCUUCUCUGUACGAGUUCUCGCUACAAGCGUACCACGUGACUGAUGCCGCUCUCGGCUACUUCUCGCCCAAACAGAGCGCCUCACUCAGCGUAUUACGCCUACAUAGCUGCUGGGAGUUGACAAAUCACGGAGUCGUCAACAUCGUACAUUCGCUGCCGAACCUGACAGUGUUGUCAUUGAGCGGAUGUAGCAAAGUAACCGACGAGGGCGUGGAACUACUGGCGGAGAAUCUGCCGCGUUUACGCAGUCUCGAUCUGAGCUGGUGUCCGCGAGUAACGGAUAACGCACUAGAAUACAUAGCAUGCGAUCUCAACCACCUAGAAGAGCUCACGCUAGACAGAUGUGUGCAUAUAACGGAUAUCGGCGUGGGUUACAUCAGCACGAUGCAGUCCCUGGUGGCUCUGUUCCUGCGCUGGUGCUCUCAGCUGCGCGACUUCGGUGUGCAGCAUCUCUGUGGCAUGCGCUCGCUACAAUUACUCUCGUUGGCCGGUUGUCCGCUUCUAACGUCAGGUGGCCUCUCUAGCCUGAUACAGCUUCGGCAGCUGCGAGAGCUGGAACUGACGAAUUGUGCAGGCGCAUCGCCAGAGCUCUUCGACUAUCUGAGAGAACAUUUGCCGCGAUGCCAGAUAAUAGAAUAGCACUCGGAGGGCAUGAGUAUUUUACAUAUUCACACUUGGUUGUCAAACUUGUCAACUUAAAAGUGAUUGCAACAAUCACAGAACACCUAGUCGGCUCCACGUGUAUUUCUACAGACGAGUAAGCCUCAUUGUUUCACGACAAUGUAACUGUAGGUAGGUGUAGUUUACUACCCACAGUUAUUUUAUUUAUAUAAUUUAAGACAUUACAAAUUUGUUUUAACAGAAAGUAUUAAUCUUUAAAGUUAUGCACACAUAUGGUGAUUUCUUUAUCUUUAUAACACAAUUCGAACAUUCUAAAUGGGAGUUAUUAAUAUGUUCUAUAACUCUUGAAAUAAGCUAAUAUGAAUCUGAGAUCGGUACUUUAAUUCUGCUAAUGUUUCUACUAAAUAUAUUUUGAUGGUGUUUUAGUUAACUUGAAGUUAAAACUAAAGUUAACAACUGUAUUUGACAAUCUGCUGUUGAUUUAGUGUCCAAAUAAUUAUAUGGUAUGAGGUUGUUGAACAUAUUACUAACAUGAUAUUUUGAUAAAUCAAUGUUUCCGUUAUUUUGUGAUGUUGUGACAAGACCUGUGACCAAAAGAGAUGUAUUGAAACGACACAAUUACUUAAACAUUAGCAGAAUGCGAUCUAGCAAGGACUUUUAUGUAAUAUAUGUACAAUUAGACAAGCUGUGGAAGUCACCGACCGUUCGCUGGCAUAAUUCUAAUUCAUAUUGAAAAGCUUGUCUAUUAUUAUAUAUACAUAGAAAUCUUUGGGACUAGCUGUUAUGUUUUUAUCGGAACAUCAUGUCAAAAGAUGUGUGUGGCAGGAACAAUUUUGUAUGAUUUGCUUAUUUAAGGUCUUUAACCCCUACUUUGUUUUUACCUUAAUUUCAUAUGGAUUUAUAUAAGUGAUGAAAUUCUCCAGAUAAUUUUUAUGUAAGUAUUAUCAAUUACGUAUAAUUAUCAUUGUGUGUGAUGACUUCCGGUCUGCAAGUCAUCACGUUUAUUCCUAACCAUUUGCUCAAAUUGUUUCAUAUGCCACGGAAACAGUGUAAUAACUUGCGACUUCUUUUGUGGUAUAUAUGAAUGUUUUUUUUUUAGCAAUUAUAAUAAUUGAUUAUUUGCUCAUAAAAGAAGUCGUUCGAUUUUUAGUAAAUUAUGUAUAUGUAAGUAGACGUAAAUCGAAAUUCGUCAUUUCGUGUUCUAUAAAUGUUUUAUUUCUUCCGUCUCUACUUCUUUAUGAAUUAUGAUUUUUUCGUCUAAUAUUACAUGGCGUAAAAAAAGUUAUAAUUGUAUCGUAAAAUAGUAAUUUCUUUAGGUAAAAUGGUGUUAUUUUCAAAUAUAUUAUUUAAUAGAAUACUGUUUCCCAAAAUAAUAUUAUGAGAUCAAGGAAUACUCAUUUCUUGUUUCCCGUUGUUUGUAAAAUGGUGGAUAAUUAAGUAUGUGUUCCCUCUCAUAUCGUAAUGAGUUUGUGUUCGUUGUAAAAUGACAUGUUUUAUUUUAAGAUUUCCUG